AUGCUAGUAACGGCUUCCACGUCAUUUCAACCUAUAACUCUAACUGAAUGGCGAGACUGUGUCCGAGGUUUUGAAUUUUCGACAGAAGAGUACACCUCUUUGCAUGAGUCGUUCUGCUCCUUCGGUGCCACCUUCUCGGAGGGCUCUAGCUCUUGGACAAUCCAUGCAACUACCGACCCCAAAAAAAUUGAUAUUCAUGAUAUCACACAUCGCUCUUUUGCGUCCGUGGCAACCCAUCCACCAAAAAUUGAAAAGGUAUAUGCUGGACGCGACCCUAGAAACUUCUUGGCCAUGGGGAGGGCCUUUCGGGACAAGGAGAAGUUGGUGAAACAUGCGGAACUGAAGUGGAAAGUGUACCGCCCGGUUGAAGGUGAAGCCGAGGAAGUUGGAGAUUUUACAAAACCAGUAUACAUAGCAAAUGCCCUACAUCCCACCUUCCCGGAUCUGUACCCGAAAGUCCCUUUCGACAGUGUUCCUUCUCUGGGGAUGCCGUUGGAACAUACAACAAUGAAAAAGUACAUUGGCGAAUUUCUAGUCAAAGAAGUGACUACAGACCACGAAGAGGCGUAUGAUCAUGAUGCAUUGCAAGAAGGUGACUUUCUGGUUAUCGAUGGGGCAAGAACACAUAUCCAAGUCUGCUUCCAAAAGAUGACAAGACGUUCUUACGACGACGGUACAUAUCAUCCUGAUUUUAGGGCAUCGUAUCUGGAAGCAUAUUCUGGCAACAAACCUGGAAGAAGACGAAACGUUAUAGGUUGUAUAGAGGUCGUCUUUCGAGUCUAUAAGAACUUCGUUACCCCCAGAAGUAACCCAAAUGAACCGGACGUAUAUUUAGAGCAGCCACUUCUUAUGGAAGACAUGCCUGGCAAUAGAUAUCCCGAUAAUCCUAAUCCCAACAUUAUCAUCCCGAUCGAAGACUUCGAUCCAGCCGAGCUAUCAAAUCUAGACCAUACUUUCUUUUUCAGACCAGGCGGAGAGCCAGAGGGGCAAGAAGAGACGGGGAUGUCUCCACGAUUUGGUGGAACGGAAUCCGAAAUUCCAUCCAUUCCAGUGUCCAAUGAAAUACAGCAAGAAAAUUGGGAUGAGUCUCUUGUUCCAUAUACUCAUGAUCAGGGAGGCCCGUAUGACGAAUCUAUCCAGGCUCAAGAGCAGCCGGGAGGGCCGAUGGCUGUGAGGGCCCCGAGCUUUGGGCCGGGAAAUUUCCAGCCUGAAAAUACCAAUAUCCCAGGCACCGGGGGACCUCUCGCGCGCUUUUUCACCGGAAUGUCAGAAAUUUUUGGCGCAGAGGAUGAAAAUUUUGACGAAGCCACUAUUCCCGACAUCUACGAUGACAUAGAAAGCCUAGUUGACCGGCUAGAACCCGAGCCAGAGCCAAACACGGAUGCAAAUGGAUAUGGCAUGGAAAUUGAAGAAGACAGAUUUGAGACUGGAAUUUGGUCAGAUAACUUCAAUGGGAAUCUUUUCAGUGGGCUUGGAGAGACGGAUGAAUAUUUAGUUGAUUUUAAUACCGUGAGGGAUAUGGCACGAUUGCGCCAAUUUGGGGAUAAGAUAGCGGGCGAUCUAGAAGGGGAUGAUGACUACCCCGCCAACCCGUAUUUUAGGAAGCAAGAUGAAAAACUGGUCACAGAAGACGACCUGUUACUGCAGGAGACAGCUGAAGUUGAUGGUGUUGAGAGAGAACCAGAAUGGAGCUUCCCGACCACCGCAGAGGACAAACCCCAGCGAUUGCACCCAGCUCAGUAUGCCGAGAUCCACAACUAUUAUUCUAAUCGUGCGGGUGAUCCGAAUCCUGGCAGGGGGAAAUGGAUAGAUGCGCAGUUAAUGCUGAAGCAGCUACAACUUGGAAAAUUUGAUCAGGUUGCGAACGAUAUAAAAUACCUGUUGCCAGGUAAUCCAGAUAUCAAAUUUACCGAGGAGGAGAGGAACGCUAAAUAG